AUGAAUCCGUCUCCAGAACGUCAAACCAUGUGUUUGAGCGCCGCCGAUCUCGAAGGAGCCCCGCUAGCCUUGUGUAAACAAGCUCAAAUUGAAUCGUUUAAGGACGACUACGAGGACCUGCAGGCGUACCGAGCUCUCUCGUCUAACAGUCCACUACUUCCACCGCAACCAGUCCUCGUUGAUGGAAUUAUCAGAGUUGGAGGUCGGCUGACUAAAGCUCCGGUACCAUUUGAAGCAAAACAUCAAGCAUUAAUUUCCCCGGUACAUCCUCUGUCUAGACUGUUGGUUCAAGACAUCCACGAAAGACACUUCCACGUAGGAAGGGAGCACACACUGGCUCUCGUGCGCCAACAGUUCUGGAUCCUCCGAGGAAGGUCAUUUAUUAGAAGAAUCAUCAAUGGAUGUCUUCUUUGCAAGAGAAGGAGAGCUAAGCCAACCGUUGCUGUGAUGGCCUCUUUACCCAGAGAACGACUCGCCCUUAGCGAGCCUCCAUUUACAAACACGGAUGUACAUUAUUUUGGUCCAGUUAGUGUCAAGAGGGGAAGAGUAACUGAGAAGAGGUGGGAGUGUAUCUUCACAUGCCUUACUACCCGUGCGGUCCAUCUGGAGUUGGCAGGCGAUCUGAGUACUGAUUCGUUCAUCAUGACGUUGAGAAGGUUUCGCGGGAGAAGAGGCAACCCUAAGACAAUCCGUUCAGACAACGGAACUAAUUUCGUGGGAGCGAACAGAGAGUUAGGUGAAGCUUUGAAGUCAUUGAGUCAGGGACGAAUCACCGGCGAGCUGGCCCGAGAAGGGAUCACUUGGUACUUUAACCCGCCGACGUCCCCACACAUGGGAGGAAUAUUCGAGUCAAUGGUCAAGCAGGUCAAAAGAGCUAUGAAGACUGUCAUAAAUGACCAGGUAUUACCAGAGAAAACACUCCAUACAGUCCUUGUCGAGACAGAGGCUAUUGUUAAUAGUCGACCCCUCACUCCCGUCAGUGAUGACCCGAACGAUUUCGAAGCGCUGACGCCAAACAAUUUUCUCAUUGGACGAGCCUCGCCAAACAGUCCACCUGGCCGAUUUGAGGAGCGAGAAAUUAAUAGCCGCAAGAGAUGGAGAAUGGUCCAAGCGCUAGCUGACAUGAUAUGGCGGAGUUACAAUUCUCUUCGACAAUGUCUGUUCACUGUAGCAGGCACUCCACACCUUGUAGAGAAAGACAAAUCCAUGGCUACAGUUACAUCUUUGCGUAUCAAAUUUUCCGCCAACGGUUUCAGAUGA